CGAUAUAAAGAAAUCAAACCACGCGUCGAGCGGUUAAUUCACGCCCCAAGUAGAAGAGGAAAAAACAAGUCGUUACCCUCUGCACCGGUCCUUCCAAGUCGCAAUUCCCAUCUUUGAAAUUUGUGCCUUUCUGCAUGAUUGAGAGUGUGAAAUAAGUAUCAUGGCGAUGACGGACCGAAACCAUGGAUUAUGGCGGCACUUGCCAGUUUUGGUGAGGGCCAACUCCAAGGAAUCAGUCGAGUAUAUUCUCCAAGCCCUUUGGCGCACCCGCAAGACCGGUCUCGAUGACGCCGACCGCCAAAUCUUUCGACAAAUGCUCCAACUUCAGAACGACGCCGAACUCGAUCCCCUAUUGGUUUGCCUUCGGAUCUUAAUCCGGAGGUGUGUUUACGAGACUGUCAACAAAGAUGACAUUCAAAAUCUGUUUCCAGCUGAGGUGCUGCCGGAAUUGCAAAGAUUAUUAACCCUGUUGUUGCAAAAGUUUCACAGAGAGUGGCAUGAUGAUGUACUAAAAGAUCAGCCUGAAGGUGAUGCACGAUCAAACUUGGGAAAAUUAGAUAUGAAGUUCCAGUUGUCAAAAGAUACUCUAGAGGCAAAGUUGCAGUCAAUGUACAUUCUUAAGGAUCACCUGUCUGACACUGUAAGUAACGUAGGACAAAACAUCUCACAGAAAUGCAGCCUUGGAAACGACUAUGAUAUAGCUUCCAUUUGACUGAAUUACAAGGUCCAUCUCUUCUUUCUUUGAAAAAGAUAAAUCAGAAAGAAUGGGACAAAAGAGAAUAUAAAAGAAGGGAAGUGAACUGCUGAGAAAGGAAGAAAGGAGACGGGUUUCAUUUUCUUUAUCCUUGAUUGUUGCAAAACAAUUUGUUUCAGCUUGAUAAUCUAAAACUGGAUAGGCAACAAUUUGGUUACCCCAUGACAUUUGAUUUGUGGAUUUUAGUAAGAAGUACAUAGAAAACUUCACUGUUCUUCAUGUCUAUGAUUUGUAGACUCUACUUGGCAUUGUUACUUACGAAACAUGGCAUUUAGAAGUAAAAAGUAAGAGGGAUUGCUUGCUAUUUUAGGUGACAUUAGUCUGAGAUGCAACUACAUACUUAUGUAGAAUGGCUAUGGUGGUCUUUAGCAUUUUAGUGCUGUAGCCCCAUAAGGGCUAUAAUAUAUGUUGAAAAGCUUUUUACCUUAAACAAGCAUGAAUAAUAAAAUUUAAUAUUGUUUUUUGCUGAUAGCUAUGGAUAUUAUGCCAUGCAUUGGAUAAAACUUCUAGUUUACUUAAACAUGAAAGAGCAUCACUGCUCAUUGAUAAAAGAUGAUGAGAAAGCGUACUGAGUGAUGAAAAACUCACUAGUUUCCAAAAAGUCAGUCUGCUGAGCUAGCUAGGGUCUGAUCACGACUUCAAAACAGAGGCAAUAUGGUACUUUAAACAAACUUCGGUUAAUCCAACACCAAAGUUCCCAUUGUAUGACACAAAUUGCAUAACAACAAAGUAUCCUUGAUUCCUAGUCCAACUCAUCUGAUGAUGACAGAUUAUCCUUAUGCCUAACCCUCAUGUUAAGUCUAAGUAAUAAUUACAUACAAAAUGCUACAGAAUAGUGCAUAGUAGUACCAUCUCCCUUUACCAGUCAAAAUAAUGAUAUCAUUUAAUGGAAUCUAUUUGAUAAACUGACAUCG